AAGCUACGACAACAGCCUCGGUCCGCCAUUUCCCUCUUUCAGCUGCCAUUGGUCUGUUUUUCCACCUUAUUUCGUGUUUAAAUGAAGUAAAAACUCGUUUCUGUAUCUGUAGCAUUACCUGGGCGCGAGACACGAACACGUCAGAGCGGCUGUGAUGGCGGCCGACCGGCGCGAAGACAAAGACGGAGAGCUGAACGUUCUGGAAGAUAUUCUGACUGAGGCUCCGGAUCAGGACGACGAGCUGUACAACCCCGAGACAGAACGGGACAUCAGCGACAAGAAAGGAACAAAGAGGAAGAGUGAGCGCUCCGACAGUCAGGACCUGAAGAGACUCCGCUCGUCAUCAGGUCACGCCCCCUCCCGGUCUUCCUCUUCCAAUAAGAGAGCCCUGGGUCCGCCUCUCUCCUCCUCCUCAAAGAAGGCGGUGACCAGCCCCCGCGGCCGCCACGCUGCCACGGCUGCUACCGCCGCCAGUGGCUACCGCCAUGAAUACUAUGAAGAACGAAAGGGGCGGCGAGGAGCCCGUGAGGUGACCAGGAGCCGUGGAGGAGAAGAUGUACGACGCAGAGAGUCUCAGAGAGGGUUGGAGGGUCUGAGCCAGAAGCUGCGACGUGACGAACGGCGGGCGAGCCCCUCCCCCCAUGAGGAGGACAACCAAUCAGAGGAGGAGGCGGCGGCGGCAGAGUACGGCUCCGACCCGGGGUCAGGAAGCUCUUCUGCUGCCGCCUCCCACAUAGAGGAAGAAGAAGAGGACGAUCAGGAGGAGGAGGAUGAGGAGGAGGACGAGGAGGAAGAAGAAGAGGAAGGCAUGGAGGAAGAAGAGGAAGACGAGGAGGAGGAAGGAGAGAAGGAGGACGAGGAGGAGGAAGAGGAGGAGUAUGAGCGCCGCGGUGGCGAGGGAAACGACUAUGACACUCGCAGCGAGGCCGGCGACUCGCGGUCCGCCUCCUCCGUCAGUUUCUCUGACGACGGCGAGUCUGUGCACUCGGGCUCCGCCUCUGAGGCCUCAGGUUCAGAGAAGAAGCGGGAGAAGCUGUCAUCAUCCGUCCGAGCUGUUCGCAAAGGGAUGGAGAAGACGCUAACUCCGACCAGUAAGCUGCGGUACAUCCUGCGAGAUGCUCGGUUCUUCCUAAUCAAGAGCAACAACCACGAGAAUGUCUCCCUGGCUAAAGCAAAGGGCGUUUGGUCGACGCUGCCGGUGAACGAGAAGAAGCUGAACGCAGCUUUCCGUUCGGCGCGGAGUGUCGUCCUCGUCUUCUCUGUCAGGGAGAGCGGCAAAUUCCAAGGCUUUGCUCGUUUGGCAUCAGAGUCUCAUCAUGGCGGAUCUCCAAUCCACUGGGUUCUUCCUGCUGGCAUGAACGCCAAGAUGCUGGGUGGAGUCUUCAAGAUCGACUGGCUCUGCAGGAUGGAGCUUCCUUUCACUAAAACCGCACAUCUGUCCAACCCCUGGAACGAGCACAAGCCGGUCAAGAUCGGACGCGAUGGACAGGAGAUCCAACCUGACAUUGGUGCUCAGCUCUGUGCCCUAUUUCCAUUGGACGAGAGGGUGGACAUUCACCAAGUGGCUCGGCGAGUUCGUCACAAGCGUAGGACGCCGUCGGAGCCGCGGCCUCGGGGUCGACCGCCGCAGCGCGAACCGGGAAGGCGUCGUCCCGAAGAGUACGACCUUCACGGCAGGAAGCGACCGCGAGCCGACGGUCCGCCUGACUUCAACCAGCGAGCAGGGUUCAUCCAGGACCUUCGUAACCAGCCGGUGGACAGACGGUUUUCCAGCGUGAGACGAGAUGUGUUUCUCAAUGGGUCUUACAACGACUACAUGAGGGAUUAUCACCACAGCAUCGGUCCUCCCGCCCCUUGGCAGACUCUGGCAGCGUACCCUGGCGUGGAGCAGCCACCCCCCCACCACCCCCCUUACUACCACCACAGCCACCCCCCACCUCCCCCUCACCAGGCCUACCAUCACCACCACCACCCUCCCCUGCCGCCGCACGAAGCCCCGCCCCCUCGCUUCAGAGACAAGCAGCGAGCACCGCAACACCGUGCCUUCACGUCCAGCCCGCACGACUACGACAUGCGCGUGGAUGACUUCCUGCGGCGGACGCAGGCGGUGGUGAGCAGCCGGCGUGAACGCGAGCGUCAACGGGAACGCGACCGCGGUGGAGUACGCCGCGACAGGGAGAGGGAGCGAGCGAGGGACAGAGACAGAGAGAGAGAGAGGGACAAGGAGAGGGGGCGGUACCGAAGGUGAUCUGAUGAUGUCACAUCCUGUCAGCCUGCAGGUGCUUUUAUUUUGACAGCAGAAAUUAUUUUGGCUGUUUUUUUUGUGUGUUUUUUUAUUUUAUUUUGAAUAUUCUGGUUAACAAUACAAGCUAUGUGAUGACAUCAUCAACUGCACCGUCAGUUUUUAUGUGAAUAAAAUAU